AUGCCGAUUGGCGACCUUCUUGCCCAGAUAACUGGUGAACCCAGCACCAGUUCCAGUUCCUUGCCCAACCUGCCCAAACGCAAAGCCCCCUCUACCGACACCCUCCGCCGGCCAGCCGACAAGCUACAAAGACCGAAUCCCACCUCUACCUCUACAUCCCGCCCCAUAAACCCAAGCAACAAACCUUCCACCUCCACCUCGUCGUUCAAAAAUGGCCAACCUACCCCUCCCCCCAACGAUGGCGCUCCUCUCACUUCCACCCCGGCAAAACCGCCAAAGAAAGGCUCGUUUGCCGAGAUCAUGGCGCGUGGGAAAGCGGUUCAAGCUACGCGGGGUCAGGUAGGUCAGAUUCGGCAUAAGAGGAUCGAGAAGCUGCCUAGUAAGCGGGAGAGGGAGGAGAUGAAGGGGGGUGGCGUGCGUGUGGGGAAGAACAUGGGACCUGGAAAUGGAGGAACGAAAUUCAAAAACGGGGUAGCGCAGAAUGGGAAGAGUGGUGCGAGUGGGAAUGGGAGUGGGAUUAGGGGUAUUGGGAAAGGGCAGGAGCCCGAGAAGAAAAUCAAGAAAGCAGCCAUGGCAACAACGGGGUAUUCUGGUACAGCGCGGCCGAAACCCGGAUCCUCAUCUACAUCCCACUCCCGGCCCACGGCUCGUCCGCCCCCUUCCUCUUCCAAACAACGAUACACGUAUGCCAGCGAGGAAGAAGACGAAGAAGGAGAAGAUGUGGAGAUGGACCAGGGAGGUUACGCAAGCGACGUUAGUUCUGACAUGGAAGCCGCGGCCUUCGAGGUCGAUGAGGAAGAGGAGUUCGCGGCGCGCAUGGCGAGGAAAGAGGAUGCUGAGGCCUUGGCAGAGGAGAAUCGCAUGAAGAGGGAGAAGGCGGAGAAGAAAAGGAGGUUGAUGGAGAUGGCUGCUAGGAGGCGUUGA